AUGCCUGAAUCCAGAUGGGAAAGCUUGUGCCGCCAACACAGCAUUACUGUCGACCACUGUGAACACGCCAUCCUCAUUACCGAGUUGACAUGCGCUAUUGGAAACGGGAUUCGUCAAUUGUUACAACAACUCAACGAUCGUGCCGUCAGCUUGACAGCCUGUGUGCAAUACGACUUGGCUCUUCAGGAUGCAGCUAUCAUGAGAGAAAUGGCACCUCGAUCCUGCUUAGGCUAUUUACGUGCAUGUAAUGUAUAUUCGAGCCAAGGAAGGCAGUGGGCAGUCAUUGACAUGUGCAAUCAAGGAUUGGCUGCUGUGGCACACGAUGACCCUGGUUAUCAUCAAUUACAAGCUAUCAUGGAUGACGCCAAGGAAAUCACCAGCAGACGAGUCGAUUUUCUUAGCAAGUUGCCAUUAGACAUUGUCGCCUGUAAUCUUACGCCGAGGAUCAUGGAUUCCAUCAUGCCAUUCAAUUCAAACAAACGAUCCCCUUUGUUUUAUGUGUCCCGUGCAUGGCAUCAGCGUAUUCUCCAAGUGACCGAUGGAUUGACAUUUUACGCAAAGACGUCCAACAUUGAGACGCUUACCGAAGGACAUCAUCAUCUUUUACGUUUUUCACCCUUUGUGACGAGAUUGGAUGUGCACGGCAAAGUAAAUGGGCUUGCUUCAUUUUGUGCACGUCAAGGAGGACCGUCGCUUUGCGAUUUGUUUACACGUGGCAACUUUACAAAACUCACGACAUUGAAUAUCCAAGUGGAUGGUGGAUCAAAGAUUCUUUUUCCUACAAGACUAAAAAGUGCAUUGGAAAUGUUGGGCAGUCGACUCAGACACCUCUCCAUCAUCAGGAACAAGGAUUAUUCAACAUCGCAUGGAUGCAGCGUCAAUCUCAGCGACAUUGUCAGUUGCUGUGACAACCUCGUUUCCUUGACCAUUGAGAGGAUCCCACUUACGUUAUCAUCGAAUAUCGAGUGUACAGAGAUGCGCCAUCUGAGGAUCAUUCAAGAACCACCUCGUAUCACAUCCCAAAAUGGGUUGAUUACCAUGCUGACGAUGUUCCCAUUCUUGACGUUUCUCGCCAUCAAUCCAUCACUCGAGCCGAGUAUACUUGCUCAGAUUUAUUAUCAUUGCCCUUUGCUUGAACAACUUGUAUAUUGGGAUAGUGAUCGUCCAUGUCGUGAUACACCGACAGCGACCACCACAACCACCAGCAACAACAUCAGCAGAAGGAUAUGCGUGGCAAAUCAUCAAUUGAAUUUGACAAUGGAAAGCAUUGCCUUGUGUAUGAUCCAAUAUGCAGAUUCCCUUGGCAGCUUUGAAUACCAGGGCAUGUUCUCCGAUAAUGGGGAUGAUCGCUUAGCGUUGACGAUGUUGGCAUUUGGUUCAUUCACAACACUACGCGUUAUCAGCUUCAACGAUGUCGAUGCCUCUUGUAUUCCUUUUUUACUAUGGGUUAUCCAACAUGCUCCUCACAUUCAAUCUAUCACGCUACACGAUCCAGCAAUGGAUGCUUUGGUGAUCGACGCCAUCAUACACCUCGAACAUGUCCACACCUUGAACCUUAAAACGCACGAUCCCAGAACGCUUUUGCCUUUUAUGAAACAUCAUGUUCGUCUCGGCAACCGAUCCACAUUACGCCAUAUUCAGGUGUCAACUACAAACACCAUGUGCAACGCGCUUUGGUUUCGAGAAAUGGCAAAUCUUCAGAACCUUGAAUCAUUUGAGCUCUGCAUCCCCAAGCGGAUUCUGGAUACCUUUGCACCCUUCUUCGAACAAAUGGCAAGAGGAUGUGAGAAUUUAAAAUCGCUAAAGCUGGUGGCAGAUGAAACAGCGGAUGGAUCCUCCAUGCCUACAAUUGAAACAUGCGUGAUCGAAGCAUUGAUGUCAUUUCACAACCUCAAUCGGCUCACUCUCCAUGCAUCCAUCAUUUCCGAUAGCAGCUUGGUCUUUUUGGCAAAGAUGAACAAUUUGCGGCAUCUGGAGUUACGCAUCAAUCGCUUUAUUGAUCCUAUUACUAUGCGUCGCCUGCGAAGCGCCAUCCAUACUGUAGUCAUUGAACCAUGGCGUCCACAAUAA